GUCAAAAAGAUAAAUACGUCAACGUCAGUCAAAUAAUGUUCGUGCGAUUUAGACGAGACAAAUAACUCGUUGCCCUUUGCGCACAGGCGUAAUCAACAGAUUCGACACUACAGUAUAGCGUAAUCUACAAAUAAAACUAUUAGACUGAUAACAUAUUUCCCUAAGAAAGUGUUCAGAUGGCGCGCAUCGCUUAUCAGUGAACCUGCGUACUUUAUUCCUCAAACAUAUCGUGUGGGGUAUUUAAGUGUGUAAAUAAAUUACAAUAAUUUCGCAAUGAGUGAUAUGAAUACACAGUUCGACGGGAGCAUGGGACCCUUGAUGGGUAACGUGGGCAUGGUGCCUGGAGGGUUGGAACCAAAUCAGUUUGUGUCGAAUAUGAACGUGCCUACGACGUCAAAUGGUGUUGCUAGUAAUAUGCCCCCUCCUAUUCCGCCCAGACCUGACUUAGGCCUUGGGAUGUCUCAAGGGAUGAACCCUAGCUACGGUAUGGGGUCUUAUGGUGGAAUGGGGACGUAUGGCGGUAUGGGUGGGUAUGGGGGCAUGGGAAUGGGGUCGUACGGAAUGGGAGGAGGCUAUGGCGGCUUCGGAGGAUACGGUGGCGGCUACGGCAUGGGUGGAAUGGGCGGAAUGUAUGGUGGUUACAACAGAUUUGGCAUGGCACCUGGCUAUGGAGAUAUUGAAAGCAGAUUCAUUCAAAUGGCAGAAGAGGGUUCAAGACCAGCGUUUGACUCCAUCCAGAGCCUUGUGAAUGCAGUUGGCAGCGUCGCUAUGAUGUUGGAAAACACAUUCUUUGCACUCACCAGUUCCUUCAGAGCUAUAUUAGGUGUAGCAGAAAACUUCGGCCGGCUCCGAUCGCUGUUCGCCCAGUUCUGGUCCACCUUCGCAGUGAUUAGAACGAUCAAUUGGAUGAUCAGAAAGCUGUUGGUCAUCUUAGGGAUCAGAACGGAGACUGAAUUUAAGGCGUGGGCAGAAGCCGUGGCCGCCACGCAGCAGCCGCAGGCGCCGAACACGACGGGCCCCAAGUCCUCCGGCUGGCCGGUUCUUAUGUUCUUCGGUAUAGUCGCAGCCGCUCCCUACCUUGUGUUCAAGAUGAUCAGCGGACUGACUAAGAGCAUUAAUGAGCACUUACACGACCCGACUACAUGGCACGAACCACUCCGGGCCAUCGCCCAAUUCUCCUUCACCGCGACAACUCCUCAGGAGCUCUCCAUCAUGGAGAAGCAGUCCCUCACCGUCGCCCCGCAGCACCUGCAGCCACAGCUCUGGAACUCUGGCUGGCUAAUGGCCACCAUCGACGGUAAAACUGCGGGACUAGUACCAGUCAACUACAUCAAACUCAUCAAGCCAACGAAACAUGAAGAUAAAGUCGAACAGAAGAUCAGCGAGCCGUUGACAGGUGAAUUUGAACAACAUUAAAUGUUGGCUUUAAAAGUUAUUUGGAUAUUUGGUAAGUAACCACUGGUUUCUAGAGCCAACGCAUCCUCAACAGAUGAGGUGUGGAGCUAGUUAUGAACGUAAAACUAUACGUUAUAAACGUAGUGUGUAGUCAUUUAGUUUAUACGAAAAAGUGAUAAAAUAAAAGGUAUUUCUUUUUAGGAAUAGGAAGAAGUUACUGUAAUAUCACAAAAAAAUAUAGAACCAUUCAGCUUAAUAAUAUAAUUUGAACUAUAUACAGUAGCAAAAGAAGGUAGCUCAGCCGAUGCUGUGCCAGGACGUACACGAUCUGUCACAACUGAUUUUUGCCAUUUCUAUUCCCUUCGCAGUAAGACGGGAUUUACGCUCAUCACUCAUAUAAAUGAAAUCCCCUGCGUAAUACUUGCUUCCAAAUCAGCACUGACUACGUUUGGUGUGAAUUUGAACCAAAGGUUGAUCAAUUUCACCUGUCAAUUCUGACUUGCUGUGAUUAGUUGACUCAAGAAAUAACGACCAAUGACAGCGUUUGAUAUGUUUGACAGGUGAAAUAUGUGUUCUGAUGACAUUUACCCCGUUUUCAGAGAAUAUGUCCCUGAAACCGGGGUAAAUGUUGUGAGCCAGAAAAAAAUGGCUUUGGAACCAUUGAAUAAAAAAGAAAUACUCUAAUCGAUGAAAAUGUAGAAUAGUUGGUAUUAGUAAUUAUUAGUAUGAAAAUUAAACACUAUCGCAUUUACCAGUUUAUCUGGACUGUAUCAAGUCUGAUACUCUCGAGCAAUAAGAAUUUUGAGGUUUUUGGUAAUAUGUAUUAUAGGUAGGUAUAUCCAAGGAGGAUAAUCUAGGAAACUAUAAAAUAUACUAUCUGCUUUUAACACUUAAUUAAGUUCGUCAUGGGUCAAAAUUUACUUGCAAUAAAAAAGAUAUUCUUGCCAAAGUCCUUUUUACCUUAAUAUAAAAAAGAGUAAAAUAGAUACAAAAUGUGUUCCGAUUCUUGAAAUGGACUAAUCGCGCAGUUAAGUAGACGUUUAAUCAGUUAGGUUCGCUUAGUUUCUUCUAGAUAUUUGACCAAUUUCUGCACAUGACGUGUGUACAUGUUAAGCGCGAAAAUUUAAUAACAAUCAGACAAAUAAUUUCGUCUAUGGGGUUUCCUCAACUUUCAUAAAAUUGCUUAGUAUUAUUCCCACUUUUAUACACUCACUUUCUUGUUAGGAUAUGUAUUUAUGAUAUACUUACGAACGCCUUACUAAUAAUAUUAUAAAGGCUGAGUAGCAUUGAAUAUGUCCUUAAUAUUGUUCUGUAGAAUUUUAUAAAAAAAAUCAAGUCAACUUUUGUCUGUUAAUUUCUCCCGUUUUUUGUUUAAUCCGUUCGCUAUUAGCAAACCAUGUUUUGUUCGAGUUAGCUACCAUGGUUUGGUCGAGCUAGUGAUAUUUGAAAAGGGCUCGAACUGUGAUAUGUUAUCAAGUCAGACAGUCAAUAAAACUUCACUCAGAUACUCAUUUCGCUAAAAUUUAACACAACCUUGCUUUUGAAAAUAAUGUUCGUAUUACCAAAGGGACAAAAAAUUGAAUAAUUAUGCCUAUCCUACCUUCCAAUAUCUGAGUGAUUUUUGUAAUAAAUUAUUAUUAUUUAUGUUUCCCGGCAUCUACUCUGCAUUUCGUCACAAAUUUAUUUGGAAUUUUCUGUUUUAUAACCGCGGUGUUGGUCCAAUUAUUAUUUCAAUAUUUUUGGUUGUGUAUUAUAUAAUUUAUUUACUCUACUAUUGGUAUAAGAUGAUUGUAGGUAUUGUAGUCAUAGAAUAUAAGUUUAUUUACUACCUAUAUCACAACUCUAUAGUACUUACUGUACAGUGGAUCGCUUAUGAGUAGUAACUAAUUUGUUGUGAUAUCAAUCUUUUUGCUUAUGAGAUAGCAAUAGUAACUACCUAUGUGCGAUCAACUGUACCUACACAACGCAUGCAAUAACAUAUUAGUCCUCAAUAAAAUAGUAGGGCUUUACAAAAUUUUCAAGAAGUAGAAUUACUAGUCAAUCGUAUCAAUUCAAUAUCGUUUUUAUUUUUGUUGAUUUUAAUCUGCACACAGAAUCUUUGUAUUUUCCGUUAUUGUAUUUGAAUGUUUUUUUCCUCAAACUCUUAUUAUAUAUCUUAAAUUGAAUUUGUUUGGAGGGUAGUCAAUAAUUGCAUAAUAAAUAUCGAUAUGUUAUUAUUAGUAAGCUCUCUUCAAAUAAUAUUGCAAUAAAUAUGUAAAUAGUUAGAAAUUAUUGUAAUCGUGGGAUGGACUGAAUUAGUAAAUAAAAUUAAGACAU